UUUUCAGCGAAGAAGUUGGGAAGGCUUUGCCAAAGCUCAUUCAGAACUGAGCCGCAGACCGUGAACUCUGAGGGCUGUCAGGGACCUAAAGGGCCACACAGUGCAAGACCCUCCUCCUCUCUCUCUGUCGUGUGGUCCGAAGGAGCGUCCUGGCCCGCGCGACUGAGGAGUCAAAGCGAGACAGACGGACGCAGGGACAGACGACGGACGGAGGACUCGCUGGCCGCUGGACCCCGCCGCCUCCCCCUUCUUCCUGCCGCCUGCGUCUGGAGGAUGAGCCCAGCCUUCAGGGCCAUGGACGUGGAGCCCCGCACCAAGGGCGUCCUGCUGGAGCCUUUUGUCCACCAGGUCGGGGGGCACUCAUGCGUGCUCCGCUUCAAUGAGACGACCCUAUGCAAGCCCCUGGUUCCGAGGGAGCACCAGUUCUACGAGACCCUCCCAGCUGAGAUGCGCAAAUUCACUCCCCAGUACAAAGGUGUGGUAUCAGUUCGCUUUGAAGAAGAUGAAGACAGGAACUUGUGUUUAAUAGCAUAUCCAUUAAAAGGGGACCACGGAAUUGUGGACAGUGUAGACAAUUCAGACUGUGAACCAAAAAGUAAGCUUCUGAGGUGGACAAACAAAAAACAUCACGUCCUAGAGACAGAAAAGAGCCCCAAGGACUGGGUGAGACAGCACCGGAAAGAGGAGAAGAUGAAAAGCCAUAAGUUAGAAGAAGAAUUUGAGUGGCUAAAGAAAUCUGAAGUCUUGUACUACAGCGUAGAGAAAAAGGGGAAUGUCAGUUCCCAGCUUAAACACUAUAACCCCUGGAGCAUGAAGUGUCACCAGCAACAGUUACAGAGAAUGAAGGAGAAUGCAAAACAUCGGAACCAAUACAAAUUCAUCUUACUGGAAAAUCUGACUUCCCGCUAUGAGGUGCCUUGUGUCCUGGACCUCAAGAUGGGUACCCGCCAGCAUGGUGAUGAUGCUUCAGAGGAGAAGGCAGCCAACCAGAUCCGCAAGUGCCAGCAGAGCACAUCUGCUGUCAUCGGUGUCCGUGUGUGUGGCAUGCAGGUGUACCAGGCAGGGAGUGGGCAGCUUAUGUUCAUGAACAAGUACCACGGACGAAAGCUGUCAGUGCAGGGCUUCAAGGAGGCACUUUUCCAAUUUUUCCACAAUGGUCGGUAUCUGCGCCGUGAACUCCUGGGCCCUGUGCUUAAGAAGCUGGCUGAGCUCAAAGCCAUUUUGGAGCGACAGGAGUCCUACCGCUUCUACUCAAGCUCCCUAUUGGUCAUCUAUGAUGGCAAAGAAUGGCCUGAGGUGGCCCUGGACUCAGAUGCUGAGGACUUGGAGGACCUGUCUGAGGAGUCAGCUGACGAGUCUGCAGGUGCCUAUGCCUACAAGCCCAUCGGCACCAGCUCAGUGGAUGUGCGCAUGAUCGACUUUGCACACACCACCUGCAGGCUGUAUGGCGAGGACAGCGUGGUACAUGAGGGCCAGGAUGCUGGCUAUAUCUUCGGGCUCCAGAGCCUCAUAGACAUUGUCACAGAGAUAAGCGAGGAAAGUGGGGAGUGAGUUUGCUGGCUGCACCAGCACCUGAGAGACUCUCUGUGUCCCAGGCACAGCUGUGCUGCGUCGGGGAGGAGGCCAGUAUGGCCAGGCGUUGGCCCCUGCAGCCUGGAGCUGAUGUGCAGAGGCCUCUGUGGGUCCCAGCCUGAGCCAGCCCCAAUCGCGUUCGGAGUCUUUUAUUUAUUUUAACUAUUUCUUCAACAUUCCACAUUUGAUGAUGCAGAUACCUCUUUCUUCCCUGAGUGUAAAUGUUCUAAUACAAAUCUUUUUGUUAAUUGUA